GCUGCAGGCGCGCUGUAGCGAAAAUGUUUUAAUGGUGCUCCCGGCAGUUUAGUAACUAGUAAUUCGUUGCCGGAAUAUCGAAACCUAGAGUGGCAAUCAAUGGCAUAAAAAUCGGUUUAAAGUUCGCCAAAGUUCAUCACAUAAUUUUUAGUACGGUUAAUUUAGGUUCAAAAUAUAAUGAGUUGGUUCGUGCGACUGUUACUGAUUCUAUCUUUACUGGCAGAGACGUGUUGUUUGUUUUCUGGAGGUGUUUUCGAUUUGAACUUCUUCAAGUGCAUGUGGAAAAAAGACUACGAUUGUCCGCAUGAGGACAUACAAUUUUUUCUCUAUACAACAUCAAACAAACGCGGCCGAGUGGUGGACAUGAAUAAGCCAAAAACAUUCUUCCGAGCAGGUUUCAAACCAUAUCGGGACACGGCCCUCAUUAUUCACGGAUUCAAUGGAACGCAAACAAGUCGACAUAUUAUGUUUUUGAAAGAUGCUUACCUCUCUCGCAAGUACAACGUGAUUGCCGUCGACUGGGAGCGACUCUCUCAGUAUCCGUGUUACCUUUCAUCGCUAUCGAACACGAAGCUAGUCGCGCAGUGCACAGCACAGCUGUACUCUUUUCUUACCCUCACCGGGAGCCGCAGCAAGCAGAUCACGUGCGUGGGUCAUUCACUCGGUGCGCACAUUUGCGGCAUGAUGUCGCAUCAUUUAACCAAACGUCAGUACAAAAUCAUAGGUCUGGAUCCAGCACGACCGUUAAUUGAAAAACACGCCUCAACUCGAUUCCGGUUAACGAGAGAUGACGCCAAUGUAGUACAGGUUAUUCACACGAACGCCGGUUUCCUAGGACAGAAUUCCUUCACCGGCUCGGUUGAUUUUUGUAUAAACGGCGGUAGAACACAGCCGUAUUGCAGGGGUGAUUCCGUCCGAACAGCUCGUUGCAGUCACUUCUUGAGCGUGUGCUACCUGGCGAAUUCAAUCUUCUCCGGUGCGCCAACAAUGGCAGUCCGAUGUCCGUCGGGGUGUGUCCGGAACAAUCGGAUACCAUUCGUUCCUAUACAAUAUUCCAGCGGAAAUCGGGUUAAAAUGAGCUUCUUCCACAUCGGGCAGGAUACACCAGAUGAUGCCCGUGGCGGAUAUUAUGGACAAGCCCAACAUCUGAUCGCUCAAGCGCUGUAUCUCGGCGAUCCAGAAUCUUUCAACACCACCAAAGAGGACUGCGUAUGGAAGCGAGAGGGCAUGGAGAACCAUUGUCCGGAUCCGGCGAUAAGAACGAUCCUAUAUACAUCCGGAAUUGUGAAGGACAAAUUUGUGUUCGACAUGUAUCAUCCGGACUGGCUGAACGAUUCCGAAUGGGAGCCGGCAAAGGAGAACAUAAUUCUAGUUCAUGGUUAUGCCGGCGGUGAAGACUCGCUGCCGAUUGCGGUGCUACGAGAUGCCUACGUUAACCACGGAGGAUACAACGUGUUUCUGGUUGAUUGGGGUUCUCUCGGGCAACCGCCCUGCUACGUUGCGGCUGUCUACAAUAUCCGUCCGGUUGCGGUGUGCUUGGCGCAGACAUUUAUGAAACUGAGAGCUCUGGGACUUCCGACGGAGAAAACUACAUGUGUAGGUCAUUCACUUGGGGCACACAUUUGUGGGCUGAUGGCGAACUUUUUGAACUUCAGAAUGGAACGAAUCAUCGCUUUGGAUCCAGCAAGGCCUCUUAUUAAACCCGGGCACAUUAAUCGUCUAGACAGUGGAGAUGCCAAGUCGGUUCAAGUCAUGCACACUAAUGCUGGCCACUACGGUGAAGGAGGACGAGUAGGGCAUAUUGAUUUUUGUGUCAAUGGUGGACGUCGACAGCCAUUUUGUGGCAAUAGUACUAACGUCAACUUGUGCAGCCACGUUUGGGCUGUCUGCUAUAUGGCACAAUCCCUAUAUGAAGGUACCGAACCUAUGGCGGAACCGUGUAACCGCAGAUGCCCGACAAACGUACUCAUGCCGCCGGGCAGACAGAGAAGGGGACGCUUUGGCUAUGCAAUAGGCUAUGCAAUUGCAAUGGGACAAAAGACUCCGAUGAACGCUUCCGGUUCGUACUGCAUUAAAGAUGCUACCCCGCCAUUCUGUCCUACUCAUCCUGUGACAAUGCGAAGUGCACACACGAAAUCCGUUAUCUGCUGUUUCCUAGUGAUCCUGUUCCACGCCAAUGCGCGGGAAUUUAAUAUUGGCCCGUGCAAUUUCCAGUAUCUGGAACCAUGUACCGCUGACACUAUCGAGUUCUAUCUGUUCACCAGUGACAAACCGCGGGAUGCUCCAAUGCUGUUGGACAAUAUCGAUCCCAAAGUACCGAACCGAAUUAAUCUCAACUAUAGGAACAAACUCAUCGUGCACGGUUAUGGGGGAAACAUAGAUUUCAACGCAACAAAAAUGAUUCGGGAUGCCUAUCUGAAACAACCGGGCACCAACGUUCUAGUCGUAGACUGGGGAAAACUCUCCAAACUACCCUGUUAUCCCACGGCAGCCUUCAACACCAAACAAGCUGGGGAGUGUACGGCGACAUUCCUAAUUGGUCUCAAGGCCAAUCAUCCGGAGUUCAGCUGCCAGGACCUACAUGCCAUUGGUUUCAGUCUGGGUGCUCACGUAGUCAGCUUCACCAGCAAUGCGUUGGAGAAAUCGAUUGGCAUUAAAUUCAAACGGAUUACAGGCCUCGAUCCCGCUUUGCCGUUCUUUGCUACUGCACGUCCGCAAUCGAAGCUGGACCUUACGGAUGCUGACUUUGUCGAUGUUAUACACACGAAUGCGGGUGUUUACGGAAAAAUCGAAACGUGUGGUCACGUCGAUUUCUACAUAAACGGAGGACAGAGUCAGCCAAUGUGCGAGAAAACCAACAAUCAGCCCCUGUGCAGCCAUAUGAUGGCCGCCGUCUACUUUGCCGAGUCGAUCUCCAGCAAGCACGGCUUCUGGGCAACGAAAUGUAGCAGCUAUUUCACAUACUUUUUCGGCUUCUGCCGGUACAAUGUUAAGCAGAAACAGCAGCAACCGACCAUCGGCGAUAGCCAGACCCAGGAAACGAGCUACAGUGAAAACAAUUUGUUCGAUAGCAAUCGAAUACUGAUGGGCGAGAGCUGUUCGAAUACCGCCGAAGGAGUAUAUUUUGUACCGACUCGCAAAAAACCACCAUACGCUAUGGGUUUCUGAGAAGACUGUACAGAAAUUGCACAUCAACCGCCGAGUGAACGAUUUUCAAAGUGGAACUUUGCCAUAUGCGUGGUAUACAUAGUUUACAGAACAUUCCGUAAAAUGACUAAUUUUGAAAUAAGCGGAAAACAGUAGAAGGAUAGAGUUCACUGUCACGUUAAACUACUCGAUGCCGAUUUGUAUACUGCUAGGCGAUUGGUCAUGAAUCUAAAUGUCUAAUGUUAUCAAAAUGAUCGAAUAUAGAGCGUUCAGUCAAUUGUCACUAUACAAAAAUGAUAAUUUCUUCAUUACUAUCAGGUACAUAAAAAAGCGAUUAGGCAAAACGGUUACUAUUUUAAGCUAUCAACCAUACAAAGAAAAAUUGUUACCAUUAUUUUAUGUUAUAUAUUAGGAUUGGUCAACGAUAUGCUAUAGUAAGGUCUACGGAUAUUUGAUAUUAAAUUAUUCUUAUUUCAUAUUCUGAUUGACCUAGUUCAAAUUCAUAUGUGCAUUUAUACAGUGAAAA